AUGUCAGACUACGACAUCGUCAUCGUCGGCGCCGGCAUCGUCGGGUCGCUCCUGGCCGCCAAGCUCGCCCCGCACACGCGCCUCCUCCUCGUCGACCGCGAUGUGGCCGCGCUGCCCGGCUCGACGGGCCAUGCGCCCGGCUUCGUGGGGCAGGUGAACACGGUCGGCGCGCUGAGCGAGGUCGCGCGCCGCAGCGUCAAGCUGUACUCUUCUAUUCCGGGCGGCUUCAACACCGUCGGCGGGAUGGAGGUCGCCAUCGCCGCGCCCGAACCGGACAUCACGGCCGAUAUCCACGCCGUCGACGCGCUCAAGGCGCGCGCGGCGCUCGCCGAGGCCGCUGGCCUGCCCCACGAACUGCUGUCUGGCGCCGAGGCGCGCGCCCUCGCGCCCACUUUUCUCGACGAGCGCGCCCUCGCCGCCGUCUACUUCCCCUCCGACGGUACGGCCAACGCGAAAGCGAUCGCCAAGUACGGCCAGGACACGGCCAAGGCGGCGGGCGCAACGCUCCUCGACGGCGACGUGAGCGGCAUCGUUAAAACGGCAACAGGCUACCGCGUCGACUCGUGCCAGGGGUCGUUUACCGCCGCACAUGUCGUCGUCGCGACGGGGGUCUGGGGCGGCCAGCUCGUCCCGAGCCUCAAGGCGACCGCGGUCUCCGUCGCCCACCCGUACGGGUACAGCACGAAGCGAUCCCCGCGCCCCAUUGCCCAGCCCUUCAUUCGGUGGCCAGCAGCGCACGUCUACGCGCGGGACCACGGCCAGCGCGACGGCGUCGGAAGCUACGACCACGAGACGGUGCACUAUGCGCUCCAGCGCGUCGGCGCCCUCGACAGCGCUUAUGGCGACUGGGAGAGCCGGAUCGCGCCGGCGUUCAACCGCGCGCUCGGGCUGCUGCCCCCGCGCACGGCGGCGACCUUCAGGAGCUACCGUACCCCCAGCAGAGAGGACGUGCACCCCGUCGCGGCGGGCAGCGUGCCGUACGCCUUCAACGGGUUGUUCACCGUCACGCCUGACGCGCUCCCGCUCUCCGGUGCGCUGGAUGUGGCCGGCCCCACACAGGGGCUGUGGUGCUCCGUCGGCGUGUGGGUCACGUCCGCUGGUGGCGUCACGGGCGUGCUCGCCGACCAGAUCCUCGAGGCGCUGGGCAAGAAGCCGGCGGGCGGCGUCGAUGCGCACUUGAGGAAGGCGUUUGACCCCCGCCGGUUUGACGGCCAAGACGAGCGCCAGCUCGAGACGGCCGCGCUCGGCAAGUAUAACGAUAUUUACAACAAGACUGAGCAGGACGGGAGCAAGGGGCUCAAUUCGAGGCUGUAG